AUGAUGAUAAUUGAUGCAUUCUUGAUGCUUUUGGUAACCCUGACAAUGAUUGUAAUGGUGAAUAAAGUUAAACAACUUUGUAUGUGGAUUGAAUAUAACAGCUGGAUAACAAUUGUUCUGAUACUUAUUGAAACGCUUCCAGUUCUUCUUCUCGCAUUACUCAAACUACUUGGAUAUCGCCGUGACAUUGAUCAUUUUCUCAUAGGAUUCAGUUUCGUACUAUGUUCUAUGGGUUUCGCCACUAUGGUGAAAACCAUUUAUUUAUUUACAGCUCUGACGGCCAUUGGUUUGACGGUUUUGUUGACUGGACUUAUGCUCUUUCUGGCUCUAUAUUUGAGAGAUUCAAAUUUGCUAUUUACCACUACUCUUUUCGUAAUUUUGUGUGUUUCGAUAGUCGCUGGACUUAUAUUGUACAUUAUCGAAGCUACAUUAGAUAAAGGAAAGGUGUUGAGGAUUGCCACUGGAGUUUGUUUCCUUUUCGCUGUGAUAUUAGCUGUUUUCUUGACGUUUGUUUGGCUUUGUUCUCAAUAUUAUGCAUUUUCUUGA